AUGUCUACGCGCGAAAUAAGCGACAGGAUGCCCUCUGGAGAAACGUUGCAUGCUCUCAGGAUCACCAAUGCAAAGGACUUUUACCGCAGCACAGAUCAUGAGAAACACCCCCCCGGCUUUGUUGCCAGUGCAAACUCUCCAGGUUUCAAGGAACUCCGCCUCCGCAACCGAGCUUCUCAAGAAUAUGAGAUAUCCAGCAACGCCGCACAGAGGAGUUCGCGGGGCCACGAAUUCGAUUCAUCGCCUCCUGGGAACGACAACAUCACUGCCAAGCCAAGCAACGUGCAGCGACAAAGCGUUGAAUAUGCUCAUUCCUCAACAAUGAGAGAUGUCCAUCCACCUACCGCCCAACCAAGCGGCAUCUUCCUGCAGCCAGAGACUCAUCCCAUCACCGAAGACCAGCUGAUCAACGAGGUCCGGGCCAUCUAUGCCGGUCUAGUGAUGGUGGAAAAAAAGUGCAUCGAGAUUGUGAAGCAACAGAACGAGAAACCAGAAGAGCUUACUGAUUUGCAGUGGCAGGCAAUUAUUGCACUGCAUAGGACACUACUCCAUGAACACCAUGACUUUUUCCUUGCCUCAAACCAUCCAGUGGCGAGUGAGACCUUAAAAGAAUUGGCAAGAACCUAUACUAUGCCUGCCCGAAUGUGGCGCUAUGGCAUACAUUCGUUCCUGGAGCUGCUACGAAAAAGGCUGCCCUUCUCCCUCGAGCAUAUGCUUACAUUUAUCUACAUGGCAUAUGCAAUGAUCACGCUACUUUUGGAAAGCGUCCCAGCCUUUGAAGAGACUUGGAUCGAGUGCCUAGGUGACCUCGCUCGCUACCGGAUGGCCAUUGAAGAGGUGGAUAUGCAUGACCGGGAGAUUUAUACAGGAGUUGCAAGAUAUUGGUAUACCAAAGCGGCAGAUCUCAACCCAGAUGUAGGGCGUAUUCAACAUCAUCUUGCUGUGCUCGCACGCCCAAAUCAACUGCAGCAGCUCUUCUACUAUUCAAAAGCCUUAAUAAGCGUGCAGUCCUUUACGAAUGCGCGCGACAGCAUCUUGCUCCUCUUUAAUCCUCUAUUAGACCCCGCGAGAGCCGCGAAUAAGUAUUCCAAAUAUUAUCCUCGAGUUCUGACCCUCUUUGUCGAGGCGCAUGCGGCUCUGUUCACGAGACAUGAUGUUUCUACUUUUAUAACGCCCGCUGAACAGUUCUUAGAUCAGCUUGAUAAACAUGCAGGGAUUAUUGGUCCUCUGUUCCGGGAACAGGGCGUUUAUAUCGUGGCUGCUAAUUAUGCUGCUAUCUUCGACUUUGGCCAUGACGAUGCAAUCAUCCCCUCCAUGUUCAAUGGACUAAGCCAACGAUCAGAGAUGCUGGAUAAGGCAUAUAAAUAUUGGCAGGAGAAUACCGCCUGUAUUCAGACUGAUAUUGCAUGCCGAACUACUCAUGAUCAAACGAUUAGCAAUAGCAGGCAAGCAGCAUCCUUUGCAUCCCAUUUUGCAUUUACCACUCUAGACAUCAUCUUGGAGCGAUUGGGUGACAAUAAUACACUACCAUGCGUCCAUGUUUCUUUAGCGUUUCUGUGGUGCGCAGCCAUGGUUCCAGGAAGCAUGUCCUACAUCCAAGCAGACGUGCCCUGGGCACGACUGGCCACGUUUCUGAAUGCACUUAUCAGACCGGAUACUGACAUGUCUGAAAUCGUCGAAAACGAAGAAGAAUUCCCCGCGCACGAAGCAGAUGUCUCAUGGCAAUUACCGGAAGACUUUUUGAUGCACGGUCUCUGUUGGAGUCGGCUCUACCACCCACCGGGCUUUUUCAGCGAGAUUGCCGAGGAUGAUGAGCGGUCUAUCGAGCUCCCGUCCGUGGCUGUUCCGCGGACAAGGCGCUGUCUCUGGCUAGGAGCUCGUCUUGCCAAGUUCAACCGUUGGCUUGACUACAACGCUGAGAGCCGUACGUUUUCCGCAACCGCUUUUGCAAACGAUCUCGCUGUGCUGUCUGGACAGCACCAGGUUUUGCGCAGAGGAUUGAGUGGGCAGCAUGACGCGGAUACUUCGAUGGAGGGUGCUUGA